CGCGAGACAGCCAGAGCUUUUCAUUCAUGAAGACGCACUUCAGCACCGACACUUUGCGGACAGCGCACCAGUAUAUCCCAGAUUAAUAAACUUAACCAGCAGUAUGCGCGCGACUGUGACCAGACGCGUGUCUGUAAACUACUGAACACUGUUCAAUUCAACUUUCCUUAUGGGAGUGUGUCGAGCGAGUAUGAAGAGCGCUUUCAGAUGCUGGAAGCGGCGGUCGGCUGGGUCUCUAUAGUCGUUAUAUAGGAUAUUUAAGUCAGAAGGAUGCUGGUGGGAAAUGCCUGGAGACAGAGAGGAUGAGAUUUGUGGAAAGGCGCUGGAGCUGCUGUCUGAUCUCUGCUCGAGAGGAGAAGUGCACGAUGACAACUGUUUGGAUUUCACCUACUAUUUUCGAGAUCUGGGGCGACCGAGAUAUUCAGACUCGGAUGUGUCUGUAAGCCUGUUGUCCCUUUUGGUGACCACUUGCGGCCUUGCACUAUUCACCGUCUCCCUCUUCGUGUCAUGGAAGCUGUUUUGGGUCCCAUGGCGCAAUCGCUUUCUCCCCGGUCUAAAGGACCAACAAGGAGAGCAGCAGCCCGUCCUGACCGAGGUGGAAGGUCUGGAGCGGGAAUACAGCGAAGACUUUGAGAAAGAUCCUUCAGGCCCGACGAUGCUGCCGGAAUCGGCCAUGAAGAUCAGUCACACGUCUCCGGACAUCCACUUGGAGGCCGAGUCUAAGGCCAGGGAGCUCAAUCACAUCCACAUAGCCCGCGUACAGCGCCAAGUAACCGAGCCGACCUCAUCCGUCAGGCACAAUUCCAUCCGGAGACAGAUGAACAUCUCCAAUCCUGAUUUCAACAUGCCCCAGUUCCAGAGACAGGAGUCCAUAACGGGUCCGGGCCUAGGCCGCAUUAAACCCGAGCUGUACAAGCAGCGUUCUGUGGACACGGAUGACGGCAGGCGAGCAGACAGCUGCGGUCGUCUGCAUUUCAUCAUCAAAUACGACUGUGAUUUAGAGCAGCUCAUCGUGAAGAUUCAUAAGGCCCAGGACCUACCCGCCAAGGACUUUACUGGAACAUCUGAUCCGUACGUGAAGAUCUAUCUACUGCCAGAUCGCAAGACCAAGCAUCAGACCAAGGUUCACCGCAAGACUCUAAACCCCAUCUUCGACGAGGUUUUCCUGUUUCCAGUGGCGUACGGCGAGCUACCCGAACGCAAGCUGCACUUCAGCGUGUACGACUUUGACCGCUUCUCCCGCCACGAUGUCAUCGGCCAAGUUGUGGUGGACAACUUCUUUGAUCUUCCUGACUUUCCACAGGAAACCAGGCUUUGCAGGGAUAUCCUUUAUGUUAGUGCGGAUAACGUGGACCUGGGAGAGCUGAUGUUCUCUCUUUGUUACUUGCCAACUGCCGGCCGACUGACCAUAACGAUAAUUAAAGCCAGAAAUCUUAAAGCCAUGGACAUCACAGGAGCGUCCGAUCCUUACGUAAAGGUUUCUAUUAUGUGUGAUGGACGGAGACUGAAGAAAAGGAAAACGUCAACAAAACGCAACACUCUCAAUCCAGUUUAUAAUGAAGCUAUUGUUUUUGACGUUCCACCUGAGAACAUUGACCAAAUAAGUCUUCUUAUAGCAGUAAUGGACUAUGAUCGCGUAGGUCACAAUGAAGUUAUUGGCGUGUGCAAUGUGGGAAACAGAGCUCAGAGUUUGGGACGCGACCACUGGAAUGAGAUGCUAACAUAUCCACGCAAACCCAUCGCCCGCUGGCACCCACUCAUAGAGUGGGUUGGCCAGAGCACAGCUGGUGGAAACCAAGGCUCCUGUAAUUCCCUGAGGACACCUCCAUCCCCAUAAUGGACUAUGUGGAGUUUCAGCCAAAUAGACAGUGGCAAGGUCCAAUUCACAACAUUAAUGAAAAGGAAAGAGACAUUUCUAAAUUCUGUUAAAGGUUACUUUAGAUGUGCGCCCACACUUAAUGCAGUAAACACCUGAGACUUUAAAAAAAAAUCUGAUUUCCAGGAUUAAAGAAGAGCAUCAAGUCCACUGCAUGUGAAGUGACCGUGAGUGAGCAGUAUUUGGUUUUAAAAAUGAAUCUUGGGUAUUGUUUCGCUUUUGUUAAGAACUUUAGUUGAGAGGUAAGUAUUUUUGACAUUGUCGUGUUUUACGUAUCUGUACAACACAUUGUAAUAACACUCUGAUAUUGUUUCAAGUGUAGUGCAUGGGAUAAAUUUUGUGGAAUUUUAUUGUCAA